AUCUCCCUCCAGUAUUACUCCGGCGGCAGCUGGCAUCACAAUUGCGGAGGGUCCCUCAUCCAGAGAAACUGGGUGAUGACGGCAGCCCAUUGCGUGGAUAGAAGUAACAUGAUCUUGCGCGUCGUGGCCGGCGAGCACAACCUCAACAGCAACGACGGCAGCGAGCAGGUCUUCAGCCUGAGCAAGAUCAUCAUCCACCCCUACUGGAAGACCAACAACGUCGCCGGGGGCUACGACAUCGCCCUGCUCCGCCUGGCCGGUUCCGCCACCCUGAACAGCUACGUGCAGCUGGCGGCCCUGCCCCAGGAGGGAGCCAUCCUGUCCGACAACCACGCCUGCUACAUCACGGGCUGGGGUUACACCCGCA